GCUAAAGUGGUGGUCACCGGUAGGAAAGAGGCUGAUGUCCAUAAAGUGGCUCAAGAAGUACAAGAGUUAUCACCACAAAAACUAAAGCCUUUAGAAGUGACGGCAGAUCUGACCAAAACGGAAGACGUCGAGAGACUUAUCAAUGAAACCAUCAAAACGUUUGGACAGUUGGAUGUGUUGGUCAACAACGCCGGGAUAUACCCCACAUCUGACAUUCACGACAAGAAUAUGACCGAUGAGUUUGAUUUGGUGUUUAACAUCGACUUAAGGGCUGUCGUGCAGACCAUACAUACGGCUGUCCCAUACCUCGAGAAGACUAACGGCACCAUUAUUGAUAUUUCAUCUGUUCUAGCAAUUGUCCCUGCGCCAUCGGUUUUGAACUACUGUUCCGCGAAAGCGGCGCUAAAUAUGUUGACAGAAGUCUUGGCCCUCGAGUUGGGACCCAAAGGGGUUCGCGUUAAUGCCGUCAGCCCGGCCCUAACAGAAGUGGAGGGUACGCCCAAAGCAAUGAUAGAGUUAGUGUCAAAGACAGCACCCCUGCGACGAGUGGGCGAACCCCUGGAUAUCGCCAAAGCCGUGGUAUUCCUGGCCUCGACUGACGCCCAAUACAUAACCGGCGAGAAUCUGGUGGUCGACGGNAAACCUGACGGCAUUAACGCGAACCCCUGGAUAUCGCCAAAGCCGUGGUAUUCCUGGCCUCGACUGACGCCCAAUACA